AUGGCUGAAAAGCGCCUUCGCUCAGACGAAAAGAAGUUGAUGCAGGAUAAGAGCCUCGCUCAUGCGUAUCAAUCAACGAUUGAUGACUACAUCAGGAAGGGAUACAUCCGAGAAGUUCCUGAGAUGGAGCCAAAACCAGCCACAGAAUGGUUCCUUCCACACUUCCCAGUGGUUCGCCCAGAGAAGUCCACAACCAAAGUUCGGAUCGUAUUCGAUGGCUCGGCUCAGCAAGACGGAAAGAGUUUAAACACUGAAUCGUUACCAGGUCCUAAGUUGCAAAAACAUGCAGAAUUUAACAUGAAGACGUACCCAUUGGGAGCUAGAGCAGUUUUGGAACAUUGCUACAUGGAUGACCUCAUGCUUUCAACACCCACUGUAGAGGAGGCUAAAGAAACGAGGAAGCAACUGACCGAAUUAAGCGACAAGGCUGGAUUUUACAUCCGCAAAUCGAAGUUGUUGAUGCAGAAAGCAUGGCUAGAAGCAGGGGCAUGGGAUGAUUUGUUGCCGAAACACCAUCAGCAAGAGUGGAUUAAGUGGUUUCGAGAGUUGAGUGACCUUAAACUAGUGAAAAUCCCAAGAUGUUUGAAAGACCCCGUGGCUAAGGUGGUGGAGUUGAGUAUCCACACAUUCACAGAUGCCUCCGAGAGCGCAUAUGCAGCUGCAGUCUACGCACGUCAUGUCUAUGAAAAUGAUGAUGUUACUGUUCGAUUGAUUGCAUCUAAGUUCCGGCUUGCGCCUUUGAAAGCUGUUAGUAUCCCCAGACUGGAGCUACUAGGUGCGUUGAUUGGUACACGACUAACAAUGCAAAUUUGCUCUGCCCUCAAGAUCUCCACAGACGAGGUGACGUACUGGGUGGACAGUAUGAAUGUGGGAUAUUGGAUCCGAGGUCAAAGCAGAGAGUACAAGCCAUUCAUAGCUCAUCGUGUGGGGGAGAUCCACGAGUGUUCAGCCCCUAGUCAGUGGCGCUAUGUACCAACCAACGCAAACCCCGCUGACUAUGGGACAAGGGGCCUGGCAGUUGAAGAUUUAGCAAGCACAGGUCAGUGGUGGAAUGGGCCUGAGUUCUUGAAGAGGGCAGAAGAAGAGUGGCCAGAGUGCAAAUUCGAUCCACCAACCUCUGAAGAGGGUCUUGAGUUAAAAAGAGGAAAGGAAAUUUCAGCGAAGGAGACUUGUAGCUAUGCAACUAUCAAGGAAGGUGGAGAGAAUAUUGACAGUGAAAUUGCUAGUGAGGAAGGUGUUUGGCGGUUAAACCCCUCGAGGUAUUCAAAAUGGUUUCGGGUAAAAAGGAAAGGAGACCUGGAAUUUGGCUUGUCUCUAGUAAGAGUGAGAGCCUGGGUACACCGAUUUAAUGCAAACUGUAGGAGACCAGCCGAUCAGAGAUUGAAGGGCGAGCUUACGCCAUUCGAACUUUCCGAUGCUGAAGAAGCCAUUGUCAGGGAAGUGCAGACUAAGACGUAUGGAGCAGAAAUGGAGGCGCUGAGAAAAAUCAAGCAGAUCCCAAGACAAAGUACACUGGCACCACUGAAUCCAGUAUUGCUUAAUGGAAUUUUGAGAUCGAAAACAAGAUUACAAAAUGCAGAUGAUCUUCUCUAUGAAGUGAAAUGUCCAAUCAUUUUGCCAAAGGAAAUCAAGUCACCGGACUGA